AUGCGUUCGUACCCGCCUGAUACAGCUGCUACCAAUGAAGUCCGUGCUAAAUCCAAGCUCUGGUACUUCUUCAGAGGGCUGAAGAAGGUGAAAAAGAGGAACGGGCAGAUGCUUGCUAUUAAUGAGAUCUUUGAGAAGAACCUGACUAAGAUCAAGAACUACGGUAUAUGGCUGCGUUAUCAGAGCAGAACUGGGUAUCACAACAUGUACAAGGAGUACCGUGAUACCACUUUGAAUGGAGGUGUGGAACAGAUGUACACAGAGAUGGCUUCACGUCGCAGGGUCCGCCAUCACUGCAUCCAGAUCAUUAAGACAGCCACUAUUCCAGCUAAGCUGUGUAAGAGGGAGAGCACCAAGCAGUUCCAUGAUUCCAAAAUCAAGUUCCCGUUGGUGUUCAAGAAAGUCAGACCACCUUCUAGGAAACUCAAGACAACAUACAAGGCUACUAAACCCAACUUGUUCAUGUAACAUGUUAGGUCAUAAGUCUAUUGAGGAGCAACUUAGCAUUUAUGCAAAUUUUGUUGCACUAGUUGGCCAGUUUGACAUUAAUCGAAAACCUAUGUCCUUUUUUUCUUAUAA